AUGCAACUCACAUUGCAAAAUGUCGAUUUGACUGCUACAUCUCCGUCCAAUAUGACUCAUGGUGUGAGUAGAAGUAGAAGAUCAUCGCUAAGUUCAGUUACCAGUGAACCUCCUUUAUUUCCUAUUUAUGAAUCAGGAUUAAAUCAGAAUUUUUUACAGAGUGAUAUGGAAUCUGAAUUCGAAGAUGGAUUAUCUGGACAAAUAGAAAAAAUAUCUAAAGAGCAAUUAUAUCAAAGUUUUAAAAAAAUGUUAAAUAGGUACAACAAGUACAAAGGAAGAUAUACAGAUUUAUUAAAACAUUAUAAAGAACUACAACAUGAAAAUUUCAAAACGAAAAAUGUUUUACAAGAAAGUCAGGAUAAAGCUUUAAGACGUAUGGCAGAAUUAAGGGAACAAUGUCAAUUAGAACAAAAAGCCAAAGCUCAUUUAGAAGAAUCAUUGAGAAAUGAAAUAGAAGAUAGAGAUCAUAAAAUUGGUACACUAAGAACAAAAAUAUCAUUACUUAACAACAAUGGAGAAAGUAAUACUCAGUUAAUCGAUUUAAGUAAUAGUAGUCAGGACGAGGGAAAUUAUAAAUCGGAAAAUUUAUCUGCGGAAUUAACUCAUUUGAAAAAUCAAAAUAAAGAAUUGCAAACGGAAAUAGAUAGGUUGAAAAAGAUAAAAGAAACGGCCUGUCAUUUAGUACACAGGUGUGACACGACAAUGAAUGAAGCAACGGAAGAUAUAAAAAGUGAUACGUUGAAACUAAAAAUGUCGGAAUUAAAAUCGGAAAUACAAAAAAUGAAAUCGGAAAAUGAAAGUCUUAGUCAUUUGCUAUCGAGAAAUAUAAUUACGGAAGAUGAUAAAAAGGUACAAGGUUCCGGUGAUGGUGAUAAUUCUUAUAAUAUAGAAUCUAGUCAAGAUGAUAAUAAUAUUAGUGGUAGUAAUAGUAGUAAAUCAGACGACAAAGAUAAAAAAAUUGAAAAAUUAAAUAAUUUAUUAUUAAAAUGUAAAGAAAAAAUAAACGAAUUGAAUUCCGAGAUCAAAGCUAAAAAUUUAAUAAUAGAAAAUAAUAAUAAGACGUUGAAGGAAUUGAAAGAGGAAAUGGAAAAAAUAAAAGGAAACGAAUCGACGGAAGCGGAAGAGAAAAUAAUUGCCGCACGGAAAGAAAUGGAUGCCAAGGAAGAACAAAUAAAAACAUUGACGAAAGAAUUAAAAACGAAAGAAAACGAAUACGUAAAAGAAAAAAAAGAAAUGGCGGAAAAAUACGAAAAUCGAAUCAAUGAAAUCACGAAAGAUUUAAUGAAUCAAAUAAAAAUGAAAGGGGAUGAAAAUAAAAAGUUGUCGGAUGAAUUAAAAGCGAAAAAAAUUGAAAGUGAAUUUUUUGAAAAAAAUAAAAAAACGGAUAUGACGUCACUUUUCGAUAUGAUCAAAAGGAAAAGUUUAGAUUUCGAUGAAUUGGCCAAAAGGAAAACGUCCGAGAUAAAAGUGGCACAAGACAAAUUAGAAAAACGAAUGACGACCGUUAGAAAUAAUCUCGAUCAACUUUUUCAUAAUCAUCAAACCGUCCGGGAAACGGUUAAAGAAAUUGAAUUCGUUCAACAAAAAAUUCCGGAAACGGAAACGAUGAGAACGAACAACGACGCGGCGGAAAAUUUUCACCUUAUUGAAAAACUCAAAUCCGAUGUUACGAAUCUGACGACGAAAAUAGACAUUCUCGAAUCCGAGUUGAAAAAUGAAAAAAGUCAAUCGUCGAUAAACGAAGAAGAAAUGAAAAGGUGGAAAGAAAAAUGUUCGGAAAUGGAAAAUGAGCGUGAAAACGUCGUGAAAGAACGUAAAGAAAAAUCGUGUGAAAAUGAAGAAUUGAAAAAAGAAUUGAUUGAUAAAAAUGAAAAAAUAAAAAAAUACGAAAACGAAAAAGAAAAUGCGAGAAAAGAAAAAAUUGAAACGGAAUCCAAAUUGAAAGAAUACGUUGAUAAAUACAACAAAUUGGAUGUGGAAAAUAGAAAAUUACAAAACGAUUUGAUGGAAAAGUGUGGAAAACUUGUGAAGGAUUUAAACGAGACAAAGGAAAAAGUUAAAAAUUUAGAAGAGGAGAAAAAGAUGAGGGGAAAAGAAUGGAAAAAAUAUUUGACGCAAAAGACAAAACUAACGGAAAAAAUAAAAGAAUUUAAGAGAGAGUGGGAAAAUGUAAAAACCGACGCCGUGACGAAUCGUGAAAUUUUCACGGACGGUAUGGAAAAAUUAAAAUUCGUUUGGGAAAAAUCAUUGAAAUCCAUCGCGGCGGAAACGGAAGGAAUGAAAGCGGAAACGUUGAAAAAAGACGAUGAAAUAAUUCGAUUAAAAUCCGAAUUGGAAGAAUGGAAGGGAAAAGUUGAAAAUUUGGAAGAAUUGGACGUCGUGAAAAAGGAAAAGGAAAUAAACGAAAGGCUCAAAAACGAAUUGGAAGCGCUGAGAGGAAAUUUAAAAGGAGAACUUAAGGAAAAAGAAGAGAAAACGAUUUUGGUCGACAAGUUAACGCAAGAGUGUAAUCUCCUGUUGGCCGAAAUAGAAAAUUUAAAGAAAACUCAUUCGAACGUGGAAAAAAAAUUAGAAACGGAAUUGCAAACGAGUAGACAAGAAACGAGCAAAGAAAAAGAAGCGAAUGAAAAAUUACAAGAGAAAAUAAUGGAAAUGUUGAAGGUCGUGGAGGGAAAAGAAAACGACGUGAAGGAACUAAUUGAAAAAAAUGAUAAUCUAACGGUUGAAAACGAAAACAUGAGGGAAAAGUUGAACGAAAGGGAACGAACGUUCGAGGCGGAGGAAACAACCGCAACCGCAACAACAACAAACGAUGAGGAGAAAAUUCAAAACGGAUUAAGCGAAGAAAAGAAGAUACAAGAACUAAACGAAAAAGUAUUGAAAUUGACAAACGAAAUGAACGAAGCGUUCGGAGAGAUACAAAUGAAAAACAACGAAUUGGAAACGUUGAGAAACAGUUUGAAAAGUAUGAAAGAAAAUUUCGAAGAAAGGGAAAAACGUCACGAAGAAGAAAAACUUCGUCUCGCGACGGAAAACGAAAACAAAUUGAACGUUUUGAAAAACGAAAUCAAAUACAUAAAUUCGAAACACGAGGAAGACAUCGGGAAUUACGAGGAAAAUUUAAAUACGGAAAUGAAAGAAGCCAACGAGAAAAUGGUUAUGGCGGAAAAAACGUCGGCGGAAAUAUUGGAAAAAUUGGAAAAGGUGACAAGCGAAAGAGACGAACUCAAAGCGAGAGAAGAAGAAAAAAAUUUAAAAAUGGCUGAACUCGAAAAUUGCAUGAUGGCUUUGAAAGCGGAACUAGAUGAUAAAUUCAACGAGGAUGAAAAUAAAGCGGAAGUCGCGACGGAAAAACACGGGGAAGAAGUCAAGAGUAUAAUAAUGAGAUACGAUAAAGAAAUUGAAGAUAGAGACGUGGAAAUAGAAGCGUUGAAAAAACAAUUGGAAAGGAUGGAAGUACCGGAAGAUGUUUACAACAAACACAGAGACGAAAUCAAAAAAAUUAUAAUUCAAUACGAUUCGGAAAUUGCAGAAAGAGAUGAAGAAAUCGAAACGAUGAAAGUUAAACUCUUGGAUCACGAAACGACACUCGAACAAUUACAUUCGGUCGUGGAAGAAUUAAACGCGACGAAAAAUAAACUUUUAGAAAAUGAAAAAUUACUACUACUCGAGAAAAAUUCAAAAAGGGAAAAAAAAGGAAAAAGAAGUGACGAUGAUGAUGAUGAUGAUGAUGUUGAUGAGACAAACGUCGCGAAAGGGAAAAACGUCGACGAUGGUAAUUUUUCCCUGUUGGAAAUGUUACGACACGAAAGGAAUCAUCAGCAAAAUAUGAUAAAUGAAACGAACAAAAAUUUGUUAAAUAGCAAACCGGAAAUCAUAACCGAGGAAAUUUUAGAAGAAGUCGAAUUGGAACCUGAAAGUAAAUCUUUGGCGAGUUCAACGUUGGAAAAUUCCAACAACAACCACAGGAAUUCAGACGUGAGUUCGAUAGAAGUUUUGCAAAGGCAACUCAUACAACAAGCAACGGAAAUGAAAGAAUUGAAAAAACAAUACAAGAAAGAAAUAUUCGAAUUGAAAAAAUUGGGAGCUAAGAAAAAAUCUCGGAAAAAUUCACCGGAUGCACACGAUUGGUAUUACUCGUCGGUUGGGGGGGGUUUGGAAAACGACACGGAAUACGAAUACCUGAGAAACAUUUUGUACGAAUACAUGAUGGGGAAAGAACAAAUGGUUUUGGCAAAAGUUUUAUCCGCCAUUGUUAAAUUUAACGACGAACAAACGCACAACGUAUUGGAAAAAGAACAACAAAGGCAAACUCUGUUUGGUCAAUUGGGAUUAUUAUAA